CCAAAAAUAGAAUUGUUUGCAUUUGCCGGUAAGCUUGAAUGUUGCGGACGUGUAUGUAUAAACAAAUGUAGACGUAUAUGAACAGCCAGAGAAGCAACAGCGUUGACCACGUGAUCUGUGUUUACAUCCUCAGCUCAGCUGUUUCUCUCUUCCUCCACUUCGACGCUGUGGCUCGUCCUCACUGUUUCGCCUUCUGCUCACAAAGAUCCUAGUUAGUCAGUUUACAAGUCGUCGACCUGUGCUGGAGGUUUUUUAUAACCUUCUGUCUGCGCGACUGUCAUUGACCGUCGCAGUGCACAGCUCACCCACAAACCAGGAGUGAGUUAAUGCGCCACGACACUGUCAUAUCAAGUCACCAAAAAUAGGGAAAAGGCUCAACGAGGAGAGACCACCAACACCCAAAAAGCAACAAUUACAAGACAUUACCAGCUGUCCAACCUAAGGUACAGGUUUGUAAAAAAAAAAAAAAGAGAUACAUAACUUUGUUUUAUGCAGGUGUGGAUGUGCAGUUUCAUGUUUCUGGUACCAUGGAAAACCUGUUUCCAGGAAUUACGUUCCGGAUGGAAAUGAACGUUGUCUGAGCUGAGGCUGGAGCAGUGACACCCGUGCCAUCCUUCAUCCAGCCCACCGUCUCCAUGCUGUUUUAAAGAGAGUGGUCUUUUAUACGACGUACAAAUCCACCCUCUGUGUCUCUCUGCUGAUAUCGCCAUGGGGGGAGCCGUGAGCGCUGGGGAGGACAACGAUGACCUCAUUGAUAAUCUGAAAGAAGCCCAGUACAUCCGCACUGAGAAAGUGGAACAGGCUUUCCGGGCCAUUGACCGUGGCGACUACUAUCUGGACGGCUACAGGGACAGUGCCUACAAAGACUUGGCGUGGAAGCAUGGCAACAUCCACCUCUCUGCUCCCUGCAUAUACUCUGAGGUGAUGGAGGCUCUCAAACUGCAGCCUGGACUUUCCUUCCUCAAUCUAGGCAGUGGAACUGGCUAUCUGAGCACAAUGGUUGGCCUUAUCAUAGGGCCAUUUGGUGUAAACCAUGGAGUCGAGCUCCACAAGGACGUGGUUGAAUAUGCCCGAGAGAAACUGGAUGAUUUCAUAAAGAAUAGUGACAGCUUUGAUAAGUUCGAGUUUUGUGAGCCAGUCUUUGUGGUCGGAAACUGUCUUGAAAUCUCCACAGACAGUCACCAAUAUGAUCGCAUAUACUGUGGCGCCGGAGUUCAGAAGGACCAUGAAAACUACAUGAAAGUGCUGCUUAAAAUCGGAGGAAUCCUGGUGAUGCCCAUAGAAGACCAGCUGACCCAGAUAACCAGGACUGGUCAGUGCUCAUGGGACAGCAAGAACAUCUUGGCAGUGUCCUUUGCCCCUUUGAUUCAGCAGAGCAGAGCCGACGGAGAGAAGCCUGAUGCAGUUCAGCUGCCCCCGUUGUCGGUGCGCACCCUCCAGGACCUGUCCCGGAUCUACAUCCGCCGCACUCUCAGAAACCUGGCCGACGAAGAGAGCCAGGAGAAGGGCUUGGCGCCCAGGGUACCCCAGAAGCGUAAGCGCAGACGCUGCCGGCGGCGUCGCAUCAACACCUACGUUUUUGUAGGCAACCAGCUGAUCCCCCAAAUGGUGGAGAGUGAGGAGGAGGAGCACACUGAGGAAGAGCACAAGGAAGCAGAGGAGGAGGAGGAGAGAGAAUUUGGUGACAUUGAGAUCCUCAAGCAAGUAAACAUGUUGAGAGACCAAAUAAUGGCUCUGCCGCUGCCCGAGUCGCUGAAAUCAUAUUUGCUUUAUUACAGAGAGAAAUGACUUUGAUUUUUUUUUUUUUUUGGGUAUCAUUUUCACUGUUCACGGGGGGCAGCCCCUGCUGAAACGCUGCUUUUCACCCUCUCGAGUGCAAAUGUAGCAUUAUAUCCAUUACAUCCUGAUGUUAAAAUUCUAACGGCACCACAUGUCAGAGAUAAUUUUUGAUAAUAAUAUUUAGAUUGUCGUGACCCGGCGGCUCCUCGUUUCAGAAGCUCAUUUUGAGAUUCUGAUUCUACCACAGCGUGCGAGAAUUUCUGCAGAAUGCUGAUGAAAAAAAAUAAAAUUCACUCAUUGAAUUGUUAAACCAUCUUAAUGCCAAACAAAGACUUUUACCGCACCUUUUUAGAAGCUUAAACUCACUCAGUCUCUGGCAUUUUGAUGAUGUUCAGUGUAACAAGGCCACAUCCUCCCGUUAGGAGUUUGUUUAGUCAGACGUUCUUGAAUAGUCAUGGACACUCUGAGGGACUUGUGUCACCUGUUUGAAAUCCUUUAAGGUCGACAUGUUUUAUACCUUCCUAUUAAUACAGAAAUACCAGAUCUUUUCUACAGGGUACCUUUUACGGUUAGUCUUUUCUACGGGGAGCUGACAUACAGUAGACACGUUUGUCUCACUUUGCAUAUGAGUAAAAUUCUACUUGAUGAUAAAGUGCAUGAAGGUCUCUCCUUGUCCUCUCCGCUGUUUUAGGUGUAAUAAAAAAUGUCAUCUUCAAUCAGUGGGUUAGAUUAGAACGACACAAGGUCAGAAAUGCUUCAUAUUUUCUUGAAGACUUUUGUAGAGCAGUAUGGAAAUAGAAAGUAAUAUUCAGUAAUUAAAAAAAAUGCAUGAAUGUAUUGUAAAUAUCUUAGUUGUAUCUGACUUAGCUUCUUAUGAUUGGUCACUGAAGCCGAUGUCCCCAGCGAUCAGUUUUUUAACUGUGAAUUUCUAACUAGAUUAUUAAUUCAAUGGCCUUGGCGAAAAUACAAACAAACCUUUUGUCUGUUUUUAAUCAACAACAAUGCAAAAUCAGAGAUUUUGAAGAUUUUGAAGCCUUUCUUACGCUGGAUGGGAAAAUUGUCCAGCAAAGCACCUAAUCCCCGGGGGGAAAAGAAGGUGCCUUUUUUUUUUUUUUUUUUUUUUAAUUAUUAUAAUUUUGGCUACGGUUUGUACACUGGGUUGAAAUCCUAUGAAAUCAAAGUACAAUUUUCUUGCAGUUUUUCACUGAUGGUGGUGGUUUGUACUAACGUCACAUUUCUGCAAGUCAGCACAGUAAAUUGAACCCAAAGUGUGCUCUUUAUUUGAACAAACAUUCCACAGUGUAAUGCGGAGAGGCACAGCGCCGUUGGAUGUCACUUUUUUUACACGCCCUUCUCACAGCCUGGGAAAUAACCCCCGUCAUUCUUUGAUUGCAUCAUUUUCGUGUCAGCAAACGAUUUAAAUGUUGUUGAUAUUCUAUUACAGUAUACAGAUUAUAUAUAUGUAUUGUUGUCAUGCCUACAGUUUAAUUGGCAUCUUUUUCAUAGCACCCUCUUGCUGUACUGUAUCUAGACACUGGGAAUUCUGUAAAAUCCAAACUGCACCGUUGUCUGUUAUAAAUAGGGGAUAAAACACAUAAAUAUAUAUUAGUGAUGUAGGUCUUCAUUUUGUUCUAGUGUGAAGAAAAAAAAUGGUUUGGAAAGAGGGUGAUUAUUCUCUUUGUAGUUUUUGUGUCAGAAGCGGUAACAGUUAUUUUUUUAUUUUUUGUGUCAGCAUUUAUAUGGGAAAGCUUGACAGGUAAGCAAUAAAUCGCUUUUUAGUCUCUACUUACAACAGUUCUCUUUGAGUUUCAUGAUGACACAGUUAAAUGUGACACAGUGGAUUGUUUGCAUUGGCCAAAAUGUAAUUGCUUAUUAGAGGGCACAUUAGCCACUGAUAACAGGAGGACUGCGGCAUGGACCCUCAGGUCAUGUCUUGCACCAAAGUUGAAGGUACUAACUUUCAUGAGGACUAGAUUUAAGUCCAGAACCAGGUUUUGUAAAGUUCUGUUCCUUCUUACCAUGCCUGGGUAGACUUUUGUCACUGUAAGCGCAGUUCGUACUGAAAAUGUGUUGUUUCACCGUAAAAUUGUUAGGCACAACAAUAAAGGUUACAAUCAGUUAUG